AUGGCAUCCCAAGUAAUAAUCCGCCAUGCAUGUCGCGAAGAUAUCCCUGGCAUCCUCACCCUAAUCCAAGAACUCGCCGCCUACGAACACGAAAGUGAAUCCGUUCAAGCCACCGCUGAAUCCCUCUCCAAAACCCUCGCCUUUGCACCUUCGGGCCUUGUAUCUCCUACCAACACCAACACCAACACCACCCCACAAUCUACCUUUACCUCUACCGGCGACGCCAUAUCACCCACGCGACCCGCACGCUGUCUUCUCGUCUUUGCUCCGUCGACCAAUUCGUCGUUUAGGAACGAACCGGUUGGAAUGGCGCUUUAUUUCUACAACUACAGUACAUGGCGCGCGAGUGCGGGCAUUUAUCUAGAGGAUUUAUAUGUACGAGAGAGUGAGAGGGGAAAGGGGUAUGGGAGGAAAUUGUUGUCGAUACUGGCUAAGGAGGUGGUGGAGAUGGAGGGGGCACGAUUGGAGUGGAGUGUGCUGAAGUGGAAUGAGCCGAGUAUUAAGUAUUAUGAGGGGCCGAGUGUGGGUGCGAAGGCUAUGGAUGGGUGGCAGACGAUGAGGGUGGAUGGAGAGGCUUUGGUGAAGUUGGCACGGAAUGCAGAGUAG